GAGAUGUGUCGAAGUUGUCCUGCGCUCUCAUUUAAAUUCUAUGUCACAACAGGCAAAGCAUUUGAAUCCAUGCCUAACUUUAGGAAAUUGUGUCCGGAAGAGAAAGAUUUGAGUUACAAUUCUCUUUCAGCUGAAAAUAACUCGAAAAGUUCAGCUGAUGCCACAAACAUCACAAGCAAAGUAUAUAGAUCAUCGAAACCAGAUUUUUUAACGGAGCAAGAAGUGGAGCAGUUCAACGCAUUGAACAUUCAGUCGAUCAUUGACUUCAGAUCUUAUUCAGAGUACAAGCGGUCUCACCACAAAUCAAUCAAAUUGCUCGACAAGCAGUAUGCCCUAUUUAAGGUUGAAGUUCCUCAGUGGAGCACAUACAAGCAGCAUGAAAUUGUUGUUUGCAAAAAAGUUUCUGGAGCAUCUGAUAAUAACUGCAGAAAACACUAUCUAAUUAACUUCUUCAACUACAAUUACGUGUGGGAAGUCUUCAACAGAGUCCCCAUCCUCAUGCGAAUCGUCUCCCUCUUCUACCUCCUCAUCGACUUCAUCCUCAGAAAUGACAAAAGAUAUUUUGUCAGGUUCUUCGCAAAGCAGACACUCAACCAGCAAGGAAUCGUGGGACAGUACAUCGACUUUGUCACACACAGUCAGGCUUCCAUAUGUGCUGCGUUGAAACUUCUGUGUGACCCAGCAAACCUGCCUGUAAUGUUGAAUUGUGCAUAUGGCAAGGAUCGAACGGGAAUGGUGUCGGCCAUGAUUCUUGCUUGCCUCGGAUCUUCAAAGGAGUACAUUUGUCAGGAUUAUGCAAGAUCAGCUGUUGAACUAAAGCCUGUGGAGGAGAUACUGGUGGAUGAUGUGGUGGGUAAGUACCACCUUUGUAGGACGUUCACCUCUGCAGAGUCUCACAACAUGAUGAGGGUUUUGGAGUACAUUGAAGAAAAACAUUUAGUUGAAAUAUUUUUCAAAGUGUUAUUUGCAAAGAUUAUGUCAGUGGUGGUGCUGAAACAAAAAGGAGAGAUACAAGACAUUGGCGACCAUCGAUCUCCACAAAACCGGACUGUUUUAAUGCAUCCUCAUUGGAGGUAUGAGAGGUAUGGAAGCAUAUGUGGCUACCUGGAGAAGAUAGGACUCUCAAUUCAGGAACAACAAGUCCUUAGGAACAAUCUGCUGUCAUGAGGAAUGUGCAUAAAUGAAAAUGUAUGACUCUGUGUGUAUGUGUGUGUGUGUGUGUGAGAGAGAGAGAGAGAGAGAAACGAAUUUGUAAUAAAAUGAAAUCAA